AUGUUUGGCCGCUCGCGGAGCUGGGUGGGCGGGGGCCAUGGCAAGUCUUCCCGCAACAUCCACUCCUUGGACCACCUCAAGUAUCUGUACCACGUCUUGACCAAAAACACCACAGUCACAGAACAGAACCGGAACCUGCUAGUGGAGACCAUCCGUUCCAUCACUGAGAUCCUGAUUUGGGGAGAUCAGAAUGACAGCUCUGUAUUUGACUUCUUCCUGGAGAAGAACAUGUUUGUUUUCUUCUUGAACAUCCUGCGGCAGAAGUCAGGCCGCUACGUGUGCGUUCAGCUGCUGCAGACCUUGAACAUCCUCUUUGAGAAUAUCAGUCACGAGACCUCACUUUAUUAUUUGCUCUCUAAUAACUAUGUAAAUUCUAUCAUUGUCCAUAAGUUUGACUUUUCCGAUGAGGAGAUUAUGGCCUAUUAUAUAUCGUUCCUGAAAACACUUUCGUUAAAACUCAACAACCACACCGUCCAUUUCUUUUACAACGAGCACACUAAUGACUUUGCCCUGUACACAGAAGCCAUCAAGUUUUUCAAUCACCCUGAAAGCAUGGUUAGAAUUGCUGUAAGAACCAUAACUUUGAACGUCUACAAAGUGUCAUUGGAUAACCAGGCCAUGCUGCACUAUAUCAGAGAUAAAACCGCUGUUCCUUACUUCUCCAAUUUGGUCUGGUUCAUCGGGAGCCACGUGAUCGAACUUGAUAACUGUGUGCAGACUGAUGAGGAACACCGGAAUCGGGGGAAACUGAGUGACCUGGUGGCCGAGCACCUGGACCACCUGCACUAUCUCAAUGACAUCCUGAUCAUCAACUGUGAAUUCCUCAAUGACGUGCUCACAGACCAUCUGCUCAACAGGCUCUUCCUGCCCCUCUACGUGUACUCACUGGAGAACCAGGACAAGGGAGGAGAACGCCCGAAGAUAAGCCUGCCGGUUUCUCUCUAUCUCCUGUCGCAGGUCUUCCUAAUUAUACAUCACGCACCCCUGGUGAACUCGUUAGCUGAAGUCAUUCUGAAUGGUGAUCUUUCUGAGAUGUACGCUAAGACCGAACAGGAUGUUCAGAGAAGUUGUGCCAAGCCCAGCAUUCGGUGCUUCAUUAAGCCCACCGAGACGCUAGAGCGCUCCCUUGAGAUGAACAAGCACAAGGGCAAGAGGCGGGUGCAGAAGAGACCCAACUACAAAAAUGUUGGGGAGGAAGACGAGGAGGAGAAGGGGCCCGCUGAGGACGCCCAGGAAGACGCUGAGAAGACUAAAGGUACUGAGGGUGGUUCAAAAGGCAUCAGGACGAGUGGGGAGAGUGAAGAGAUAGAGAUGGUGAUCAUGGAGCGCGGCAAGCUCCCGGAGCUGGCAGCCAACACGUCUGUGCAGGAACAGAAUACCACGGACGAGGAGAAGAGUGCCGCCGCCACGGGCUUGGAGAGUGCACUGUGGAGCAGACCCUUCCUCGAUAUGGUGUACCAUGCCCUGGACAGCCCAGAUGAUGACUACCAUGCACUGUUUGUGCUCUGCCUCCUCUACGCCAUGUCUCAUAACAAAGGCAUGGAUCCUGAGAAACUCGAGCAAAUCCAGCUCCCAGUGCCUGGUGCGGCCGAGAAGACCACCUACAACCAUCUCCUGGCCGAGAGACUCAUCAGGAUCAUGAACAACGCAGCCCAGCCAGAUGGGAAGAUCCGGUUGGCGACGCUGGAGCUGAGCUGCCUGCUCCUAAAGCAGCAAGUGGUGACCAGCACGGGCUGCAUCAUAAAGGACGUGCACCUGGCCUGCCUGGAGGGCGCGAGAGAAGAAAGCGUUCACCUAGUGCGGCACUUUUAUAAGGGAGAAGAAAUUUUCUUGGACAUGUUUGAAGAUGAGUACAGGAGCAUGACAAUGAAGCCCAUGAAUGUGGAGUAUCUCAUGAUGGACGCCUCCAUCCUGCUGCCCCCCACGGGCACGCCGCUGACCGGCAUUGACUUUGUAAAGCGGCUGCCGUGCGGCGACGUGGAGAAGACCCGGCGGGCCAUCCGGGUGUUCUUCAUGCUCCGUUCCCUGUCACUGCAGCUGCGAGGGGAGCCCGAAACCCAGUUGCCCCUGACGCGGGAGGAGGACCUGAUCAAAACGGAUGAUGUGCUAGAUCUGAACAACAGCGACCUGAUUGCAUGCACCGUGAUCACCAAGGACGGCGGCAUGGUCCAGCGCUUCCUGGCUGUCGAUAUUUAUCAGAUGAGCUUAGUGGAGCCCGAUGUGUCCAGGCUUGGCUGGGGAGUCGUCAAGUUUGCAGGCCUCCUGCAGGACAUGCAGGUGACCGGCGUGGAAGAUGACAGCCGCGCCCUGAACAUCACCAUCCACAAGCCUGCGUCCAGCCCCCACUCCAAGCCCUUCCCGAUCCUCCAGGCCACCUUCGUGUUCUCAGACCACAUCCGCUGCAUCAUUGCCAAGCAGCGCCUGGCCAAGGGCCGCAUCCAGGCGAGGCGCAUGAAGAUGCAGAGGAUAGCCGCCCUCCUGGACCUCCCGAUCCAGCCGACGACCGAAGUCCUGGGGUUCAGACUUGGCUCCUCCUCUUCUACCCAGCACCUGCCUUUCCGUUUCUACGACCAGUGCCGCCGGGGCAGCAGCGACCCCACGGUGCAGCGCUCUGUGUUCGCGUCCGUGGACAAGGUGCCAGGCUUUGCCGUGGCCCAGUGCAUAAACCAGCACAGCUUGCCAUCCCUGUCCUCACCAUCUGCCGGCGGGAGCCCCAGCGGCAGUGGGAGCACCAGCCACUGUGACUCUGGAGGCGCCAGCUCAUCAUCCACCCCUUCUGCCACCCAGAGCCCGUCAGAUGACCCCGUGACUAUGGAACAGCCUCAGCCUCAUCUUCCCAGCCAGUUGGUGAUCAUCAGUGACAUGGACGCAGAGGCCAGGCCCAGCAAGAGCCUGGCAAGGAGCGCAGACACGGAAACAGUCAACCUGUCCCCCAGCCUCAUCCCCGCCCAGCAGCCCACCAUCUCCCUGCUCUGUGAGGACACUGCCGACACGCUGAGCGUGGAGUCGCUGACCCUCAUCCCCCCCGUCGACCCCCAUAGCCUCCGCACCCUCACCGGCAUCCCCGCGCAGCUAGGCGAGGAGGCCGCACACCCGGAGCCAACGGGCCCCGCCGAGCAGUGAGCGGGCGCCGUGUAGCCUCCCUUUGUGUGUGGGGGCCUGCUGGCAGGGACCCAGUACAGCUGACUCAGAGACACGUCGGGAGCACCCACAGUCCCCGCGGCCCCAGGAACCACGGCUGCUAUCUCUUCUCGCGCUCCUUCACUUCGUUUGAAUUCCCCGUUUCACUUUGCACCUCUUGGAGAGCAGGCUGGACCUGGGGGAGACACCCCAGUGAGCCCAGAUGACCAGGCAGCUGCCUCGGGGAGGAGGGCGGCCUCCUGGUCUCUGAGCCUGACGACCCUGGGGUCGCAGGACCCCCGCCCCCUCUCUUCAUCAGCCAGCCACCCCGGUCUGGGAGCUCCUCGGCCACCACGCCCAGUGUGCCCGGAACAACUGGACCAAGUCACUUUGGGUAGAAAUUUGUAGAGAAACAAAC